UGGAAAAUACAACACUGUGGUAGACAAAAUCCAAUUGAAUUUACGCGGGCAGUAUUUAGAUAUAAAUUUUCAAUAAAUUAUCAAUUUUAUUUCCAACAUGUAUAAAAAUCGCAAGUUCAAUAAAAACGCAAAAGCGCCCGAGAGUAAGGAAAAUAAAAGAGGCUUGACUUCAAUUGAUGAAAAUGCAUCGGUUAAAUUUGCACGCACUUUGAAUUUAGCCUCAAUUCACCAGAAAACACAACCCACAACAGCAACUGUUGGAGUUGAUAUUUGCAUGUUGGAGAAGCCUGGUGGUAGCAGCGAAGAGAAUAUUCCAGCGUCACAAGAGGCUACUCAACGUUACUUGUCACAGCGUAGCAUGAUCGCCUCGUCUCUAGGACGUACACAGUCGCGUAAUACCAGUGGCCGUCCACCAAAGAGUUACUUUGAGCUUGUACUUAUAAAAGCGGGUGUACUGUUGGAUGAGGCUGACAAUUUUGUAUUAUCGUGCGAUCAUAUCUCGUUUGUCAGUAAAUUUCGUGAAGUAUUUUUAAAAUGUUCGAAUUGUAAGGAAAACGUGGAUAUGUUUAAAACUGGCUUCAGUGAGGCAUUAUCGCCGAAAUGUAAAUACAGUUUGAAACUGUUAAGUGGCUGUACAAUCAGUGUGCCUGGCCAUGAUUCAACAUAUCAGUCACAGGAGAGUAUGAUUGUAAACUUUCUAAUGAUAGACUUUUUACGCGAUGCAGUGGUCGAGGUAUUGUUAAAUAAGAUAUUAGAUGCUGCUGUGCAGAGUACACCUAUAUUCCUUGCAGGAGGCACAGUUCCAUUACUACCGCUACUUGUAGCACAGCUACGUUAUGUGGCGCAAUCUCAUAGUACUCUAAUAUAUGAACGCAUCUUGGAGAUAUUUAAAAAAGCCAGCGAACCCUCUAAACAAGAUAUUAUAGUUCAUGCUGAGUUCAUAUUGGACGCAAGCAAACAUGAUGAUUUUGUACAAAUGCUUUUGGAUAAUUUGCCUUCGAGCAAAGAUUUAUUUCAUGUGAGCUCAAUUCAGUCGUUGACAAAGCUCAAUUUAGGCAAACACAUGCACGAACAGAUUCGCCAUCUUAUACUGGACUACAUAAAGGAAGAUGGGUUUAUCGAUACGACCUUGCCGUUAAUGGUGAACUUUCUGCUGAAAUAUUUAACUGAGGCUACUGAUGACGAUGUCAUUGAGCUGGUUACCACUAUACGUCAAAUAUUGGUUUGGCGAUUGAAUACGCCUAUGGAGCGGGAAACGCAAAUACAGCUUUUUAAUUGCAUUGAACAAGCCUUGGUGCGUUCUAAAAAGUUCUAUACUUUUUGGCAAAAAAUCUUAUCUUCAUUACCGGGCAGCCAAUUUAGGUCUUUAGAUUUCAUAAUGCUUCUACUUCUCAUACAUAUUAAAGAAGAUAAUUAUAUGUAUAUUGAGAACGUCCUACGCCGUCGCAUAAAACUUGAACAUAUAGCGGCUGAUAUAUUUAUAGAAAUGAAAUCGAACUAUGCUGCUGUUUUGGAACAACAUACAUCUAUCCUAAUGGAAUUGAUGCAUGAUUUUCUCAGGGAAAAAAAUAAAAUUGUAGCAGACUUUGCUAAAGCGUCGUAUGGAAUCUUAUUUCAAAUAUGUGAUUCUAUUCAACGCGGUAUACUAAGGAGAUUACUUCAGCUGACGUGUGACAAAUCUUCACGAAAUUUUACAAAUCUCUCAUUGGAAUUACUAAGAGAAUUGCAAAUCAAGUAUCGCGCUGAAAUACAGAAUUGGGGCACACUAUUAAUGCCUUUAUUAGACCGUUUAAGCGAACUGACACUUACACAAACUCGUUUGGCCAUGGAGUUGCUCUGUUCGAUUGCCUUUCCUCCGCCACCACUUUCCGAGUGUACUGUGCUGCAGGAUCAGCUAGAUAUGAUUUUGAAAAAGCAAAUAAUAAAUCAUUCAUUGCAUGUAAAGAAACAAGGCAUCAUUGGCAGUGUUCAGCUAAUCGAUUGUAUGGCACGAAUUGAAGAUACUAUUAUAGAACAUGAUGAUUUCGACGUUUCAUAUUCCAACGCUAGUUCACUACCCGACGGGCGCGGUAAAAUGGCAGCUAACUUCGUAAUGCUUGUUGAAUCAACUGCUAUACACUGUCCCGAAUCCUUAGCACUAUUUUAUGAUGAAUUGGCGUGCGCCUGUAGGUGUCUGCCAAGUGAACGUGAUUCCUGUACACAAUUGGACAAACCAUACCUAAUUUGGUUAUGUGAUGUAAUGACCUUCUAUUUCCAAAAUAGUUUUGUGGCCGAACAUUCACCUACCAAACCAUUUGGAAUUAACUUAUCAUAUCAGAAAUGUAUUAAUACCGCUGAGGACACUGAGAAUAUUGAGGAAAGCGAAGUACCAAGUAUAGCAAUUAAUAUAGCAGAAUUGGUAUUGAAGCCGGGUUCUGUCUCUUCAUCCUCGAUCCUAGUGCUUGCUCCGUUAUUCAAUUUAGUGCGUUCUCUUCAUCUGCAACGUUAUCAAGGCAGUUUGGAACAAAUAAAUGCCUUACUUGGUUGCGCUAUAAUAUUGCCAUCGUUUUUCGACGAAUCCAAUACAGAUUCAAUAUUUUACGAUUACGAUGAACAACUGCAAAAACGGAUUUUGGAUAUAUAUUUUCAUUGUGUGAAUUGGAUGCGCGAGACUGUCAGUUCAUUUUCAACUCAACACGAAGAAAUGAUACGUCGCAAGGUUUUACAUCGUUUGAGCGAGCUCAUAGCCACAGAAGACAAAGUGCGGUUAUUGUUGGAUAAAGCGCCAGCAGAUUAUAUACCUCCUCAGGCUCAAUUUAUAACAUCAAAUUCAGCAGUUUCCAGUGAAAGCGCUGAGGCACGCGGAAAGUUGAUGCCAUCAACAAAAGACGCACAACAGAAAGGGCAAAACGACAAAGGCUUAAAUUCGGAGUCCCUAAUAUUCAAUGACACGCAUGCAGCUGAUGUGACAAAUGAUGGGAACGCUACCGCUAAGUUGGCAAGCAUUGGACGCUCUAAAAGCACAGAGAAUAAGAAAGCAUUUGAUGUUCUUUAUGGGCCACGAGAAACAUAUAGGCAAAUGGAUUCCGACAUUAUGUUAAUACUGCGUGAAGAGUUAGUCAUGAAAUAUCCAUUACCAUCCGAUGAUAUGGGCAAACGAAUUGGUUUGCUUGAAUUUCGCUUUAUUUUAAAUGACUUAAUAUCCAAAUUAGAAUCGAUUACCGCCGCACAAAAGUUUCAAAAUGAGCAGCCUUUACAACAUGUCGCUAAACCUGAAUAUUUCAUGUGUGACUUAUCAAAGUUUCUGCAAACGAUUCUGGAGAGAAUGUCAAAGUUGUCAAAAGAGAUCAACACGCAAUUGGAAAGCGUAAAAUAUGUGUAUAGCAAUGGUGAUCUUUUCACCCCUGAGUUCAAUUACAUCAAACUUUGUUUCAAUAUGUGUCUACGUUUGUUGGCGGUAUUUUUCUCUUGGCCACAAUUCAGCGAUGGUAGCGACACUGAGACACUCUUGACAGACUCGCUGCUUGUACUAUUGGAUAAUACCAAGAGAUCAAGCUUGCGUAAAAAGCCCAUAGCAGAUGUGGCAGCUGCAGCUUUUGACGUAAUGCUUACGUAUGAAGUUUCUAUCGUUGAUUUGAAAACUGCCGUAUAUCUACUUGAUUUACUAAAACUACUUAAGCGCUUUUCUAACAAAAGCUCCAAUAGUAGCUGCAGUAACCUGGAGCAACGUAAGGUGUUGAUUGAGAAACAGGAAAAGGAAAUACGUGGUUUGUGCAAAAAGUUUUUGCAGAGAAAGUGGUUCAGUUACGAAGGACUGGCAGAAAAGGGCGCCACUUGCAAUAUAUAUUUGAAUAUACUAGUAAAAGAUUUCCUCAAGAAUUCCGAUUUCCGUCGAUUGGCUACCAUUUUGCGUACUUUACUGGAUGAAUGCAAGCAACUUAAAAGCAAGGACAGCGCACUUAAAUCGUUUCCGAAUUUUAAAAAAGCGAAUUUCCCAUUACUUUUUCGGGGUAUGUGCGAAACAACGGUUGAUUUUCUGUGUGAAUUAAUAAAUAAAAGCGCAACACAGAGAGGAGAUAAAAUGAAGAUGUGGGACAAAAGUUGUGAUUUGUUUAAUAUACUACUUGACAUUGUUAAGUCAUUAGAUGUGCCACGAAAUUUUCAACUAUUUAUGAAGCACGCACAUGUGUAUUUGAAGCUUCUUCUUCAGCAUGGUCUAGAGGUAAUUAAUCAAACAUUACGUGAGGAUCCAGGACGUGUUAGUGAAUUUUUGAAAAGUUUACAAACGGUUACACGUUUUCUACAUAAUAUAUGCUGCCAUUCCAAGGCACUCCAGAACACAGCCAUCAUUGGGCAAAUUCCAGCAUUGCGAGAAACUGUCGAAACAUUAGUUUUUCGAGUAAAGGCUAUUAUGACAGCGAACAAGUGUUCAUCGGUAUUUUCAAUGGGCAAUCUCAAAAAUAAGGAUAUACAUGGCGAUGAAAUCUUGUCACAGAGUGCCCGCGUUAAUGCCGCAAACGAACAUGACAGUGAAGAGGACAUACCAGAAGACGAAGAUAGCGCCGACGAAACAGUAUUAGACGAAGAUGAGGCUGCAAACACGAGGGAGAGUACAAAGUCCACCAAUACCACUAACCGCAGCAAAUCGUCAUCCCGUAGUAAAUGCUUUUAAUUUGAUUGCAUUGUUGUGAAAUUCGAUUGAUAUUCGCAGCUUAAGCUUACGCGCCAGCAAGUUCUUCGCGAAAGCAGCGAAGAGUAUUUAUUUUGCGUUGUAGUUUUUUACACAUACACACGCCAACGUACAUACAUAUGUACCUUAAAAGUGCGUGCGUGCACAAAAAGGUUAUAGUGAAGUUUUUUUCUUUUCCACAUCAUUACAUACACAACAUUUUAAAAAGUUAUGGUUUAUGUGUUUUUCUGGAUAAUUAUAAUAUAAUACAAUAAAAUAAUACACCGUCCGACAAAAUCAAACUGUAUUUCGUACACGUGAGAAAAUCCGAAAGAAUAUAUGAAAUAAAAUAUACAUCAAAAGGCGUUUUGCCGUAACACGCCUAAAUUUUGUUUAAAUUGGUUUCAUAAAAAAAUUAUAAAUAAAAGAAAACAUUAAUAGAAUAAGUAAAAGUUGACGGAUUUAAAUAAAUAAAAGCUUAUUGAAUGAGUUUUCGCCUUAAUAAUAUAACUAACUUUAGAAUAAUUGAUUUUUUCACGAAAAAUUUACUUGAAACCAAAUGUUUUUAGAUAUGAUAGACAAAAAUAACAAGCAUUCGGUGAAUGUCCUGACGUGGCAAUAAAACAAACGGCUCAGGGUCCUCAAAAAUAUUAUUUUAGAUUCAGUAUAUCCAUUGUAUCCAGCCAUGAUAACAAUAAUACAAGCCACUUCAGGUACAUUCUAUAUAUUCGGUUUAUAAACCGUCACAAAGUAAUUUUCAAAUCCAGUAACAACACUUCGUAAGUUUUUUCAAGCUGCAAACAAUCGGCAAACCUAAUAAAAAAGGCUUUGAUUAUAACAAAAGCAAUUUUUUUAAUUUAAUAAAAGGCAUUUUUAUCAAAUGAUCGAUUUACUUUUCAAAAAAAAAAAAUAUGUUUAAUGCUAUUUCACAAAAUUAUUUAUCUAACUGAAUAUCUUUUAGAAAACAACUUUUCUUUAUUUAUACGUGUCAAACAUAAUUUCUGCCAUUUAUCAAUUCUAUCGAAAAUUUACAGCUCUCGAGCAUUUAUCUAGUAAAGAGUUACGUGAGUAAGUUUAAAAUGCCCCCUCUUCGCGUAACUCAAAUGUAAAAAUAGAAUAUACAUAGAAUUUCAUUUAAUUCGUUUUGUGUUCAACUUUUAUCUUCCAUGGAAUAGUGCCUCCAUGUGGUGUCAGUAUAGUUCUGGGUGGUUAAUCAUGUUUGGUAUUCAAUUAUGUUUCCAAUAAGCUUUGCUUUCUUUAAAUCGGUCAACUUUUAUUUUAUUUACAUUUCAUUUUAUAUUAUAUUAUAUUUAUAUUUCAUUAAAAAAUAUAAUAUUUAAACGAACUUUGAAUAACCUUAUUUUAAAUAAUCAGCGCUAUCUUUAAAGUCGAUUUAAAAACUUUUAAAGUUCGAUAAUUAGUCGAUAAAAGUCGAUAAUUACUAUAACAACUUUUUUCAUGAUUAUAUUCAGGUUCUUUUGGAUUUUCUCGCGGGUACAAGUUUUCGUUGGACGGUGAUAACACACAUAUAUGAAGUCGACUUAUGUUCAUGUACUCGUACUUUAAUGUUUUUUCCGCAAUAAGUUGUAUUACUCGUAUACAUGUUUGUUAGUUAAAUUUGUUCAACAAAAAACGCACAAAUUACAUACGAAAAGUACCUUAAUAUAUUCCACAAAAAACUGGUAAUUUACAA